AUGUCAGAGCUCUCUCGUUCUCAAGCUGAGCAAAGGCAAACUCAGCUCGAUGCUUCAAGACAGUGUCCGCCAGUUGAAGACGCCUGUCCCGCUCAUGCUCAAGGUCGUCGCGUAACACCAGAGCUACGCGAUCAAAGAGGCUCUAGGAGUUACACGCUUCCCCACGAUAGUUUGGAGAGCGUCUUCCCUCCUCCUCCACCUCCAUUAGAGGACUCUCGCGGUGGCCAGCGCUAUCUGGUUGAGCAGCUGUUGAACCACCGCGAUGUGAACGGACGUCGGACGAGUUACCUCGUCCGGUGGCGCGGCUAUCCCCCGUCCUGGGAUACUUGGGAGCCCCGCUCCCAACUGAUGGUUGACGUACUGGGUCUGGUCGAGCAGUACGACGCGGUACAUCCUGUGCCGCAGAAGGACCGCUGGAGAAAGUCUUCCCGGCACGGUCGUAAAGGGAUUUCAGGUUGUCAAUCCCUUCGUACAUCUCACUAG